CAACCUGCAAAGCGUCCUUUUGGUUUCCAAGGGAACACUGGAACGGAUAGAAGGCAGACGGGCAGGAAUUCGACUUCGAUUCUUCGUAUGGAUAUCAGACAAUAUUUUUUACUUUUGAAUAAUAUAUUUUGCUUAACUCGAGACUUACCGAUAUACCCUGAACUAAUACGUUGCUUUAUUGAUCAUCUAUUGAAUGAGUGUAUAAGAAGUCUUCUGCUGGGAGAGAGAUGGAGAGUGACACUCACACACUGCCACCCCUUCCUACAUCUCUUCUUUAUCCCACCACUCUCUACCAGUCCCCACCUUUCUCCUCUCUUCUGCAGACGUCUUCCACUGUCCAUGUUUCACUCCCUCUGUCUCCUCUCUCGAUCUCACCAUGCCCUACUUGGCUUUCCCCCACAGCCCCAGUUUCCAUUCACCUCAAGACUGAAUCUCUCUCCCCUCUUUUAGACUCCCUGUCCCCCCCUCAGUUCCUUGACGGACAAAACUUACACUGCCUCAACUCUCCAACCACAUCUGACCAAGAUGACUUGACCUGCCUCAACUGGUUACAUCAAAGAGGCAAUUUGCUUCCCCUGCAGCCCUUGCCCAAAACAACACCACUGCCCCAGCUGGAGCCCCAGGAUCCCAUACCUACCCAACACCACCUUUCCUCCCCAUUCAAGCCCCCUUACUCCUUCAGCAGUCUAAUCUUCAUGGCGAUAGAAUACUCGCCAGACAAGAGGCUCCCAGUGAAGGGUAUCUAUGAAUGGAUAUUGAACAGCUUCCCCUACUACAGAGCAGCACCUGGGGGGUGGAGAAACUCUGUUCGACACAACCUGUCUCUGAGUAAGAGCUUCCGUCGGAUUCACAGGGACAAGAACCAGUCGGUGGGGAAGGGCUCACUGUGGUGCGUGUGUCCAGAAUAUCGAUCCGCUCUUCUCGAGGUGCUUAGGAAGACCCAGUAUUACCACAGCACUAACAGCAACUUACUAAACAACCCUGCAUUGUUGGAGGGAGCUGAUUAUGGAGUAUCUAUGGUGUGUGACACUGUGGCGAUCUCAGAUUCCCUUUCUCAAACCCUUCUCCUCUCCUCCCCCUCAGCCUUGACCUCAGACAACCCAACUCUCUCCUCAAAUCCACCUUGCCCUCUGACCCCUGACCAUGAGGAGCUUGUCAAUAUGGAGGCAGUGGAAUAUGAGGAAGAGGUUGGUGAGGAGAUGGAGAAAGACCCCCUGUCAGACAGUGGCUACAUAGAGUUCCAUUACUACCAGUAUCAUCAGUACCAGUAUCUGGUCCUGCCCGGGGACACUGAACUGGAUCUGGAGACUGUAGAGAUCCUGCAGCUGGAUGCUGAGGCCCAAGAGGCUGCUGGGUCACUUCUGGACCUGGCAGGGGGUGGACAUUAGACUGAUCUACAGAUAAUGACAUGCAGUGGGGUCUAAACAAAUUGACCAAUAGACUGGCCUACACUGUGAUGCAAGGAGAUUAUGUGCAACCUGAGUGAUAGAAAUUGACAAUUCGCUGCUGUGUGUUGACACUGCCUGAGAUUUGAUUUGCUGUCAUGAAGUGAUAUAGCUAUGAUUGCAAAUCCAAGCCACCCUACCUGAUGCACUGAAACACAUUAAGCCACUCACCACAUUAAUUGACAUAAACCAAACCUUAGCAUAUGCUUUUGGUACAAAUGAGGGAGGAAAAAGAUUGAUGCUGUACCGAUAUGAUACGAAGAAUCAAGACCUCUGUAUUUUGAUGGAAUACUUCCGAUGAAUGAUUACAUGAGAAAUCUACUGCCAGUUAAUCCACUCUCAGAUUCAGGGGACAAAGAAAGUUAUGUUUAAUCCUCCUGAAUCUUUGUCUGUUAAUGAUUAACAUAUUUUUUUAAUGUUUUAGAUUUUAUAAGCUCUUUACCAGGGGCAGCAUUUAUUAAACACGUGUUCUUGCGGAGAAUAUAUUUUAUAGGCUGUCUGAUUUGUUUGUUUAGAAAGAAACCUUAGACUUCUCAUUCCAUCUAUUUUUCACUUCUCAACUUAACAAUAAAGCACAAAACUCUUUUAAAAUA